AUUCAAUAUUUAUUAGCUUAAAUAUUUCAUAUUCAAUCGGAAUUGUUAGAAAUUAAUUAGAAAAAAGAUCAAUUCGUACAGUUGGAUUUCAUUUGUGAGCUUGCCUUUAAGAUAUGCUUUCCGAUUGUAUCGCAAAACCUCGAUAUCGCUUUCGUACGUGAUAAAGUACGGCUUUGUUCGGAUUAUCAGAAAAUACGGUGAAGUUAAUUAAAUAAUUGCAGACAUGUUGAAAAUCACAUUACUUAUUCUAUUUUGCGCAGUAUCAGAUUAUGGCAUAAGUGGACAUCCCAAUAAUCCUGAUGAGAUAAAGGUUUCUACUAAACUUACAGAUGGAAAAUUUACAACAGAUAUUGAAAAUUUAAAUAUUAUUUCAAAUAAAACAGGCUCACAAACGCAAGGAGCUUCUAAAAAUUCAUCUACGAUAGUUUCUAACACAGCUGCGCUACACUCACAAGCGAAUAAUGUUGUAUCAAGUACAGUGACUACUGAAAACCAAGAUUCUGUUUCGCCAAAUACUCAAAAUAUUGAGAAUACAUCUGUGAAUACUCCCACCAAUCAAAGUUUGUUCAAAGAUGUUGAAAAUGUUUCUAAGAAAGUAAUUGAAGAUUCAAAUAUGUCUGUUCCAACUAAACCUUCUAUUAAAUCUGUACCUUCAAUACCUACUCCAAUACCUUCAAUACCUACUCCUUUCCAAUCUAUUACUGUAGCAUCACUUGAACCUGUACCAGUUCCAAAACCUGGAAAAUGGAUCGUUAAUAAAACUGAUGAAGUUUGUAUUAUUAUUAAUAUGGCUGUACAGUUUAACAUUUCUAAUGUUUCUGAAAAAGAUAAUCAGACAACAUAUAAAGUAUUCAACCUGCCUGAUAGAGCUAAUAUGACUAAAGUGUCUGGCUCAUGUGAAAAGUUAGAGCAAUUUAUAGCUUUACAGUGGAAUGGUACUGAAAAUGUAACAAAUAAAUUUGCUCUUUAUUUUACCAAGAAUGAAACCACAAAACAAUAUUCUUUUCAUCAUUUAGAACUCACUCUUACCGAAGGAAACAAAACUUCAAUGUUUACACACAAUGCAACACUAUUUUCUACUGGAUUAAGUAAUUCAUAUAGAUGUUUAAAACAACAAAAUUAUACUUUGAACUCAACUAAUGCAGUAGGAUAUUUAAUGAUAUCUGAUUUACAAUUCCAAGCCUUUAAAACUGACAAAACAACAGAUUUUGGUGAAGUCAAAGACUGUAAGUUGGAUACACCGGACAUCGUUCCAAUAGCUGUGGGUUGUGCACUAGCAGGUUUGGUAAUCAUUGUACUGAUCGCUUAUCUUAUAGGACGUAAGCGAAGCCAAGCACGUGGUUAUCUUAGUAUGUAAUCUGCUUGAAGUCAGAUUUUUUACUGGUCAGUUUAUAAUUUCUUCUUAUAUAAAUUUUGCAUUACAAGAAUCAGUUAUACUAUAUUCAGAAUUAUCUAAUUACUCAUUGUGCUCAUAGACUAUAAAUGAAUCUAUACAGUUAAAGUAUAAAACUUUUUGUUCAUAAAGUUACUACUACUAAAGUUAUAAUGCCGAGCAGUUAAUUAGUAAGGUAGUUUUAAGGUAUGUAUAGCUGAGAAUUUGCAGUUUAUAAAAAGUGAAAGAAGUUGCAAUACUAUGCUAUGUCUACGUAUAUCUACGUUUCGAUGAGCGAAUUAUCUUCUAGAGGUUGAAUCUCGUGGAAACGUUUGAGUUGGUAUUGUUGGAGUAACGGUGUAUCACAAGCGGCAGUAUUCUUUAAAUAAGUAUAACAAAUCGGAGGAGGCAUUGUUUAGUUUAUUACACAAGAGCCAUAAAGAAUUAUAUAAUUGCCGAAUAUUUACAAUCGUUAAGAGUCUCAUAAAAGUUCUAAUUACAUUGUUUUAAGGCAAAAUAAUGUAAAUUUUUUAUUAUCAUUUGCAUAGAGAAAUUUAAUUGGAUACAAAAUGUUGGUAAAAUUUAUUUGUCGUCCUUAUUGCUUCUUCUUUUUGAGGAAUAUUAUACUAUUGAUAAAUGCGAAAGACUGUGAUCCUUGGUGUAUAUAUAUAUAUUGUUGACAAAAAUAUGAAAGGGCAUGGAUUAUAUGGGUUUAUGUAGAUAAUCCUGCUUCUGCCCACCCUUUCGCAUAAAUGAAGGUGUGAAACUAGACGAAUAUAGGCCGUGUAUGCUACUCCAGAAGAUACUGUUAAAUCAUUAGUCGUUAGAAUCGCCUUAUCUUUUUUUAAACGAAUUCCUGUUUAUUCAAAUAAUUAGUUACCUAUUAACUCUUAGAGUACGAAGCAGGAUCCAACUGAGCACUUAAUAUGGCCAGUGUUUAUUUUAAAAUAACAAUUAAUAUUAAAUUUUAAACUUUCUCCAUGGUAAUUGAUAACUAUGUGCAAAUUCAAAACACAAAGAGAGAUAUAUUCUUUUGAAAAUUCAAUUUGUUUUAAAACUGCAGAGAAAUUUUUGUUUAAAUAGUAAUUACUGAGCCAUAUAUUAACCGUUAGAUCACAGUGACAGUUUUUUAAUAGUACUCUAAAGGUUAAAUGUGAUUUGUAAUCGAUAUAAUAUUAUGAUGAAAAUAUUUACAGCUAAGAGUUAUGGAAAAAUUAUUUUUCAUAUUAUAUGAAUUACUUAUGAAUAAAGGAUGCUAAUUAAUAGUUUAACAUAAUGACCAACAAAAUUUUUAUAUUAAUUAAUAUACUACUUGACUUUUAUUUACGGCAUAAUAAUGAAUUUUUAUAUUUGAAAGUUAAUCUUUAUGGGAUCUUUUCCAAAUUAUUACUUUUAUUACCCUCACAAAUUAUUAGAUCCAAAUUUUUCUUAUAAAUAUAUAUAUUUAAUAUUCGUAAUUUUCCGAAAUUUAAGAAAAAAUAACCUAAUUACGCCACAUUGUUUUAUACAAUAUAUAUAUAUUAUUAUUACACGAUCGAUUAAGAGAAAGUAAAAAAAACAUAACCGUAAAGAAAGUACUGUAUAUAGUGCAUGAAUUAUAGUACACUUGGGAUUACAAACAUGUAUUGUAGUUGUAAAGGUGCUUCAUUUGUUGGUAAUAAAACAAAAAUAUUUCGAAAAAUUUCA